ACGUCAAAGAUCACUACCAUACCACUAAAAUUCAUUAAAAUUCUUUGAAUUGUUUUUCAACUUGGAUUUCCUGAACUGAAACUGAACGUUUGUUGUAUGUACUUGACAUCUUACAUUGACGUAUAACAUGAAUUAUUUUAAGUUUCAUGUUUUUUUUUAGACUUAAGGCUAAACGCAGACCACUGACUUUUAGUUGGCCGAGAGUUGGGUCGGGCUGUUAAUCAGAAUGGAGAUGUAUGAGAGUGCGCACCAUUACACCGACUUGGUAUCGGCCGAUUCUUCAUACAAAUUAGAAUCGGGCCCAGCUAUUGGCCGAUAAAAAGUCGAUGGUCUGCGCUCAGGCUCAAUGUGGAUCUUUUCAUACAAGGUCUUUUUCAGCAUAUAAAAAGGGUGGAUUAUGUUGUUCUAAUGCGACGACUUUUUGCAUGAGACCAGCAUAGAAAAAUUUAAAAACAUCCACAUACAUUCUAAUUGACCGUGUGAACCUUGGCUCUUAGGGCCUUGGUCACCAUCUCUGAGUAAAAUGUCAACGAAACCAUGACACUGACAAGACUGACGUAACUACUCGGAGAUCGUCAAAGAGGCCCUUAUGUAAUUAAUUAAAUCUCAACAGUCAAUAAUUUUUAUCCUCAUUUUUAAAUAAUGUUCGAGCGUACCUACCUGUACCGAUACGACAAUGCAAAAUUGUCUUGUUUUUACAGUGUCAAAAAAAUCUAUGUUAUGCUGUGGAUACUCUCAACCCCGAACAAUUAUUUUUCAUAGUUUAACAUUGUUUUUAUGACGCAAAGGGUACAAGGCCAAUGCUGUUGUAAAUACCAUGUUUUUUUUAAUUUCGAUUAGUCUGUUGCUGGCUGUUGGUAAAUUCGCGCGGGAAAAAUGACAAGUGUUGCUCGUAAACUUUUUUCUGGACAGAUUAAAAAUGUGAAAUGGUCAAGGAAGUGUUAUUCUAGUGCCAGUGUGAAGAAGAAUGAUUAUAUUCUGAGGUCUGUGUACCCAGAUGUCCCUGUGCCUAACAUUAGAUUGUUGGAUAAACUGUGGGCGGACUCUGCACAUUUUAAAAAUCAUGUUGCAUUGGUCAGCGCAGAAACGAACAAAAGCUACACCUACCUUCAGCUGCAGAAUUAUAUUGGCAACUUUGCGACAUCCCUGCUCAAGAAGUUGGGGCUGAAGACAGGAGAUAUGGUGGCCAUUGCGAUGCCAAACAGUCCCGAAUUCCCCGUGGUGGCGUUUGGGUCGAUCCAAGCUGGGUGUGUCGUGACAACUGUCAACCCUAUUUAUAAGGAGCAUGAACUCGGUCACCAGCUCGCCGUGACUAGACCGAAAGUCAUCAUAACCAUCCCACAAAGUUACGACACAGCUGUAAAAGCGCUACAGCUAUCCCAAUUGGACGCGAAAAUCGUCCUUAUUGACAACCCAGCUGACUCAGUCCCCAGUGGGGUCAUCAGAUAUACUGAACUAGCCGAAUCAGGUGGUGCGGAUUAUUCUUUAUUAGAUAAAAUUGAGGCGAAACAUGAUGAUGUGGCGGUGAUACCGUUUUCAAGCGGUACUACUGGAUUGCCUAAAGGAGUUGAAAUAAGCCAUAAGAAUUUGCUGUCGAGUAUGGACGUUAUGAGUCAUGACAAGAUUGCGUUGGCUGAGUUGACUAGUGCUGAGCACCAAGAUGUGGUUCCUUGUGUGCUACCAUUCUUCCAUAUCUAUGGUAUGGUGAUCACACUCCUCGGGCAUCUGGCUAAAGGCUGCAAGCUCAUCACGAUGUCUUCCUUCCAACCGGGCACGUACUUCGAUAUAUUGGAGAAGGAAAGAGUGAAUUUGCUGUAUGUGGUGCCUCCUUUGGUAAUCUUCCUGAGCAAGAUUCCCCUCGUGACAAAAGAACAUCUGCAGCAUUUAAGAUACAUAUUCACUGGCGCCGCCCCCAUUGCUGCCUCGGAUAUUGAGGCUCUACUUACCAAAACUCAGCCUAACACAGAAUUCGUGCAAGGGUACGGCGCAACGGAAACUUCGGCUAUGGGUUCGACCACAUACAAAGGGAGUUGGAACAGAAACUAUGGGUCUUGCGGGGACCCCAUGGUGAACUAUGAAAUGAAGUUCAUUGAUCCGGCUACGGGGGAUGAUGUAGUCAUCGGUGAGCCAGGCGAAGUCUGCUUCAAAUCGACACUGGUCAUGAACGGCUACUACAAAAACAAGGAAGCCACGGAAAACAGCUUUACGAGUGACGGUUUCUUCAAGACUGGAGACUUGGGCAUCUACAAGCCUGGAAAGGGGUUGUACAUUACUGAUAGGAUAAAGGAACUUAUCAAGGUCAAAGGCAUGCAAGUGGCCCCAGCCGAAUUAGAGGGUAUACUCCGCUCCCAUCCAGCAGUCCAAGACGCGGGCGUAAUCGGUAUACCUCACGAGUUCCACGGUGAAGUGCCCAAAGCCUUCGUAAUUCUUAACGAUGAGGCCGAAGUUACUGCGCAAGAGUUGCAAGCGUUCGUCGCCGAUAAGGUAUCGGAGUAUAAGGAGAUAAAAGAAGUCAUGUUCGUGGACGAAAUACCAAAGAAUGCGGCUGGUAAGAUACUGAGGAGGGAGCUGAAAAGGAUGUAUAUGUAAUCAUUUACUGUAAUCGUUUUUAUUAUAAUUGUUUAUUUAUUUAUAGGUACAAUAACAGAAUUUAAUCUCAAACAUGUUUUUAAAGAAUAACAUUAG